AUGUUUCUGGCCACUCUGUACUUCGCGCUGCCACUGCUGGAUUUGCUGCUGUCGGCCGAGGUGAGUGGUGGGGACCGUCUAGACUGCGUAAAAGCCAGUGAUCAGUGCCUGAAGGAACAGACCUGCAGCACCAAGUACCGCACCCUAAGGCAGUGCGUGGCGGGCAAGGAAACCAACUUCAGCCUAGCAUCCGGUCUCGAGGCCAAGGAUGAGUGUCGCAACGCCAUGGAGGCCCUGAAGCAAAAGUCUCUCUACAACUGCCGCUGCAAGCGAGGCAUGAAGAAAGAGAAAAACUGUCUGCGUAUCUACUGGAGCAUGUACCAGAGUCUGCAGGGAAAUGAUCUCCUGGAAGAUUCCCCAUAUGAGCCGGUUAACAGCAGGUUGUCAGAUAUAUUCCGGGCAGUCCCGUUCAUAUCAGAUGUCUUCCAGCAAGUGGAGCACAUUUCCAAAGGGAACAAUUGCCUGGACGCGGCCAAGGCCUGCAACCUGGACGACACCUGCAAGAAGUACAGGUCUGCCUACAUCACGCCAUGCACCACCAGCAUGUCCAACGAAGUCUGCAACCGCCGCAAGUGCCACAAGGCCCUCAGGCAGUUCUUCGACAAGGUCCCGGCCAAGCACAGCUACGGGAUGCUCUUCUGUUCCUGCAGGGACAUUGCCUGCACGGAGCGGCGGCGACAGACCAUCGUCCCCGUGUGCUCCUAUGAAGAACGGGACAAGCCCAACUGCCUGAAUCUGCAGGACUCCUGCAAGACAAACUACAUCUGCAGGUCUCGCCUUGCGGACUUUUUUACCAACUGCCAGCCGGAGUCAAGGUCCGCCAGCAGCUGUCUGAAGGAGAACUAUGGAGACUGCCUCCUGGCCUACUCGGGACUGAUAGGCACAGUCAUGACCCCCAACUACAUAGACUCCAGCAGCCUCAGUGUGGCCCCGUGGUGUGACUGCAGCAACAGCGGCAACGACCUGGAAGAGUGCUUGAAGUUUCUGAAUUUUUUUAAGGACAAUAUGUGUCUCAAAAAUGCAAUUCAGGCCUUCGGCAAUGGCUCAGACGUGACCAUGUGGCAGCCAGCCCUCCCAGUACAGACCACCACUGCCACCACUACCACUGCCUUCCGGGUCAAGAACAAGCCUCCAGGGCCAGCAGGGUCUGAAAACGAAAUCCCCACACACGUUCUGCCACCUUGUGCAAAUCUUCAGGCACAGAAGCUGAAAUCCAAUGUGUCGGGCAGUACACACCUCUGUCUUAGUGAUCCUGAUUACGAAACGGAUGGUCUCGCUGGUGUCUCCAGCCGCAUAAACCGAAAUUCAAUGUCUGCUGCUCCCAGUUGCAGUCUGAGCUCACUGCCCGCUCUGGUGGUCACCACGGUAGCCACCCUGUUAUCUGUAUCCUUGGCAGAAACAUUAAAGUCCCUCACGGAAGUUGACUUCGCUAGAGUAGCAGACAGGUGUGUCCAGAGUGAUUCAGAAUCUAGUCCUGCCCUACUUCAGAGAGAGAAGGCCAUAGAGCCUCAGGGAGUAGAAGCACAUCCCUUCAGCCUGACCUUGAAUGUCCUAGAGCAGACAGCCUUUGUAGGCUAUGGUUCUUGUGUCUCAGUUCCUGUCUGGACAGAGCAAGGCAGCUGCUGGGAGAGGGGAAACAAACACACCACCCUCAGUUCGAGCCAGACAGGCUCCCUGAAAGAACCCAAGCCUCAGAUGACCGUGAGCUUAGCAUACAGAUGCAUCGGUGGGGAGGUCAUGUUGAUCGGGAGCCUGUCACAAGCACGACAUAAAGAGUGGUCAUCAGAGGGCACAGAUGUUAACACACUAGACUGUAAGAUACCAUCAGCUCAGGCCCCACCCCACCUCCUCGUCACUCAGGCAGGGCUGCACGGUCCAGCAUCAUCAUCUGGGCAUGGAAAGUGUGCUUGA